AUGACAGAGCAGAGUAUAAGUUUAAUGCACCCGGAAGGCCGAACAUGGAGGAAUCAUUUCCCGAAAGGCGAUCUCUGGGUCUUCGGGUACGGGAGUCUAAUCUGGAAGCCACCGCCACAUUACGACCAGCGUGUUCCAGGGUAUAUCAACGGCUAUGUGCGACGGUUCUGGCAGGCUAGCACCGAUCAUCGCGGCACCCCCGAAAAACCCGGGCGCGUAGUGACGGUCAUUGAACGGAGCUUCUGGGAGACAUUAGAUGACCCGAACCCCAAUCUAACCUUUGACCAACAGCUAGCCCACCUAGAAUCAGAGUCCGCUUCCACAGGUAAAGUCUGGGGCGCGGCAUACCACAUCCCCGCCAGCCACGCGGAAGAAGUGCACGACUACCUAGACGAGCGCGAGAUCGACGGGUACAGUGCGCACUACACGCCCUUCCACGCUGUGUCAGGCGUAUCCACCACAACAGCAUCCAGGGUCCCCGUUGUGGACGACAAGACUGUGAACCAUGAUCCGAGCUUAUCGCCGAUCAUUUGCAUGGUUUACAUUGGACAGCCGACGAACCCGCAAUUCCUGCGCGACCCGGCCCGUCGCGAGCCGCAGGAUGUGGCGACGGUGAUAAGUGCAGGACAUGGGCUGAGUGGCAAGAAUACAGAGUAUCUGUAUCUGUUGGAGAAGGCGCUUGAGGGGCUGGGGCUGGGUACUGCGGAUGUGCAUGUUGCUGAUCUUGUCCGGCGGGUUAAAGCUAUUGAGGCUGGGGGGCUGGCUGAGGAGGAAGAGAAGGAGGCUGAGAGCGAUGUGAAGCGGUAUUUGGAUACUGCAGCAAGGACGGUGGGGCAUGAGGGGGAGAAGGAUCGGGGGAUGAUUGAGUAA